GCUGACAUUCCAACCAUGGACGAACGCGAAUACCUGUUUUAUCCUAAUCGUCCUUCACCCUAUAGAAUCUGAAAAAUAUAAAAGGUUGUUCUAUAUCUCUUCGAAAUCAUUCGUUUCCCAAAGUUCAACAAAAACGAACAGCAAUGAGGGCAGUAGUUUGCCUUGCUCUGAUCUUCGCCGUUGUGGCCGCUGAAGGACCAACUGAAAGCAUCAACAAUGUUGCUGACAUCUUGAAGGAGACCACUUUCUCCUCUUCCUCAACACCAUCCUCCUUGAACCUCGGAAGCAGCCAGAGCGGAUUCUCAUCUGGAUCUUUCUCAUCUUUCGGAAGUCAAGGUGGUCUUAACUCAGGAGCAUUUGGACUUUCUUCCAAAUCUGGUGCUUCCUCUGCUUUCGGUGGAUUGUCCCAAAGUUCUGCUCAAGGAUCUUCGCUCUUGAACGGAGCCGGCGCUGCUUUCGGUGCUCAACAAGGAAACUCUGCCUCAUCCUCUGGUUUCUCUUCUGGUUUUGGUAGUGCUGGUUUAAUCAAAGCCAACGAUUACGCUUACAACUCUGGCUUGAUCAAGUCUAGCGACUAUGGCUUCGGCUCUGGAUUGAGCAACUACGGUCUUCUUUCUGGAUCAUAUGGUUUGGGUAACGCUGCUCUGAUCUCUGGAUACAGUGCACCAAUCACCACCUCCUACGUUCAAGGUUACGGUUACGGAAAUGGUUUGGCUGCUAGUCAAGGACACAUCUCCAACGUUGACACUCAACAUCACGUCGAUACCGUCCAACACAAACAUAUCAACACCGUCCACACCAUCACCAAGCAAGUUCCCGUACCUCAACCCUACGGAGUACCAGUCCAGGUCACCAGACACGUCCCAGUAGCUCAUCCCUACCCUGUUCCAGUCCCCAAGGCAGUACCAGUUCCAUACAACGUACAUGUUCCAGUCCCAGUUGACAGGCCUUACCCCGUUAAGGUUCCAAGCCCUGUCCCAGUGCCAGUUCAUGUCAGAGUAGCUGUUCCAGUCGAGAAACCAUACCCAGUACCAGUUGAAAAGACCGUGAAUGUACCUUACGAUAAACCAGUGUACAUCAGGGUACCACAACCAGUCGCUGUUCAAGUACCACACCCUGUUCCAGUCAAAGUAAACAAACCUGUCCCAGUACAUGUUCCAACCCCAGUUGUUGUCAAGGUACCCGAAGUCGUCAACGUACACAAAGUUGACUACGCUGUAGCUCCAUCUGUUGCUGUCCAAUACAACGGACUUUACGAUGCUCAACACCAAUACGGUGGACUCUACGGUGCUCAAUACGGAGGACUUUAUGGUGCUGAACACCAAACCAUUGUUGAUGGAGGAGCUAUCCUUGCACCAACCCACCACAUCGAUGCUUCCAACACUGUUGCCCAUUUGGAAGCUUCCAAUGCUUUGGCUGCCCAACAAAUCGCAGAUGCUCACUACGGUAGUGCUGCCACUUUCGGAGCUACUCAAUUCGGUUCUGGAUCAUACCAAAUCCAACCAGCUCAACUCGUAGGAUCUUACGAUCUUCCUGUUGGCCAAUCAGUAUACGGUGAAUUGCCAAGCAUUGUUGACGCCAAAUAUGCUUUCAAGAGGGAAACAACAGACAAGAAAAAACCCGCCGAAGAGAAGAAAGCCACUGUAGAGGAGAAGAAGAAGCAAUAAAUUAGAUUAGAUCAUGUUCAUUAGGGAUGUAUUAAAUGCAAUAAAAUAAGGAAUUUUUUC